UAGUUCAGUUAUCCAGGUACAGCUGUCAAGAUAAUACCGAGCUUAUAACCUCUACAAAAAGUUAAACGAGUUAUAAACAAAGUUUGGUUCUAUCUAAAUUUUAUAAUAUAUUAAUCUAAAAUGUCUGAGCGUAAAGUGCUUAACAAAUAUUACCCACCAGAUUUCGACCCAUCGAAGAUUCCUCGCAUGAAGUUGCCGAAAAACAGACAGUAUACAGUAAGACUUAUGGCCCCAUUUAAUAUGAGGUGUAAAACUUGUGGAGAAUAUAUUUAUAAAGGUAAAAAAUUCAACGCACGUAAAGAGGACGUCGAGAAUGAAGAUUAUCUUGGAAUUAGAAUAUACAGAUUCUAUAUCAAAUGCACCAGAUGUCUACAAGAAAUAUCAUUCAAAACUGAUCCGAGAAAUACCGAUUAUGAAAUUGAAGCAGGUGCCACCAGAAAUUUUAUGGCCUUAAAAUUAGCCGAAGAACAGGCAGUCCGAGAAGAAGAGGAGGCUAAGGAAGAGGAAGCCAAUAAUCCCAUGAAACUACUGGAAAAUAGAACGAAACAAUCAAAAAAUGAAAUUGAGUUACUCGAAUCUUUAGAAGAAUUAAAAGAUUUGAACAAACGACAGGAAGUAAUAGACUAUGACACAAUGUUGUUAGCUUAUGAUACAACUUUAAGUGAAAGGGAAAGGGAAGAAAAACAGAAACAGUUGGACGAGGAAUAUAUCAAAAAAGUCAAUUUUCAAGGUUCUAACAAGAGAAAACUGGUUGUAGAAGAAGAAAUCAUUGAAGAAAUAGGAGAGACUGAUUCAAAGUUACCCAAGUUGGAUGCUAAAUCUGUUGACACAAAAUCAGCUGUCCCAUCAACGAGUAAUUGGUCAUUGAACAGUAAUAAAUUUGUUACUGCCAAAAAGAAACCCCUUGUAAAUUUAGUGAAAACAAAGGACAGUGUUGCUAAGAAAAACAGUAGUGAAAGUGUAACGAACUCAAAUGCAAAUGUAUCAAGUAGUAAUGGAUUGUCUUUACUAGGUGCAUAUUCUGAUAGUGAUUCCAAUAAUGGUAGUGAUAUAGAUUAAGUACUGUUAAGUUUUAAAUUAAUAUAUUUUAA